AUGUUUUCCUUGCCAGGAUUAAAUAUUUCUACGCUAAUGACCACGCCAAGACCUCUCUAUCUAAUUCCUUAUAGCUGGGUAAUCUAUGCGAACCACACCACGACUGAAAGCGACUCGCCCUCCGAUCAUUCCGUCAAUGAUAUCUUCAAUUUAACCUUAUCGUAUGGCGUCAAGGAAGCUCCAUACAAUCUGACAGGCGCCAUUAAGGACGCAGACGAAAUGUUAGAUACUUUCGAUAUGGAUCUAAAACCCUGCAAUACUUCCACUGAAAGCAGUCAAAAUUACAUAUCGCUCAUUGAUCGCGACUGGUCUAAUAAUGCUGGUUGGAACUGGACGUAUCCAGCAGUUGACCUACAAUUUGACAGCCAAACAGCAAAUUUCACUGUGAAUGGAUAUGCCGCUGCUUUUCCGUAUCGGGUUUCCUAUACUGAAGGUGGCGAAAACAGACAAAUAGGCCCGGAUGAGGUACAGGGAAAGAUUAAGGUUUCCUUCUUCGGGGUCAUCGAUCCCUACCACUCGGAUACAUUGGUCAACACCAGCACAACGCCUACUUGGCUCAGAACGGUGGGAUUUGGAAACAAUUCCAUGAACAUCGGCUACGAUAGUGGGGCUCCUGGCUGGCCUCGUCCAUUGUAUUGGGAGGCCAUUAUUAUCUGUUCCGUUAUGUCCUUGGCUUUGAUGUAUUUCUAA